AUGGCGACAAACAUGUUUUUUUUUUUUAAUAUGGAUAUAACGAUGGAAUUAGCUGUAGGCAUGAUAUGUGAUUUCAAAAUUAAAGAUGGAACUCAGAAUCAAGUUCCACAAACUAAUACAACGUUAGAAAACAAUUUCUUUCCAUCUUUAUUUAGUGAAGCUAGUUCAAAUCCGAUAGAAACAAUUAAACACCCUGGGGAAUUCGACACAAUGUUGAAAACAGUUUUAUAUCCUAAAGAUUUCGAUUCAGUCUUAGGUUGGAUACCCGAUGUUGGUGACGGAAGCGUUUUAAAAGAACCGGUAAGAAAUGUUGCAAAUGAUGCUGAUUUAGAUAGAGUGAGAGUUGUUGCUCGAAACACAAUAGAAAGAGUAGCACGAGCAGCUAAUCAUGGAUUCGAAAAACGAGUACUUCAGUACAAUGAUAAUAAUAGGUGGGCGGCGGGUGCAGCUACUGGAGGAAUAUCUGCCGCAGUCAAAGCUGCCAACGCAAAUAAAGCAGCUGAUGCUAAAGUCGCUGAAGAACGCAGACAGAAUUUAGCAAUUGAAAAGGAAGCACGAGGUUCAGGAAUGGGAGAUAUGAUAGGCACAAUAAAAGAAUUUGGAAAAAGAUUUGGGGAAGAAACCAAGAAAACUGUUAAACAAGGAUUAAAUAAAUUAGUAGAUAGUAUUGAAACAGGAGAAGUCAAAGUCAAACAUAAGGAAUAUCUACCAAAGAAAGAUGUUCAAGACCUAUUUCAAUAUUACAAAGAAAACGAAGAAGAAGUGGAAAUAAAAGAUAUCAUAGAUAACUACAUCGAAGCAAAGAAUCCAACGGAUAUAAAAGUUUUUCUUACGAAAAAUGUUAAUGAUCUAGACUUGUCUAAUAUUGAUAGCAAACGAAAGAACUUAAUAUUGUUUGGCGACUGCGUAGCGUAA